CUUCAUUCUUUUGAAGACAAGCAACAUGAAGUUGAAAUCCCUUCUCCGACACAGAAAGAGAAAGAGAAAAAGAAGAGGCCAAUGUCCCAGAUCAGUGGAGUCAAAAAACUGAUGCACAGCUCCAGCCUAACUAAUUCCAGUAUUCCCAGAUUUGGAGUUAAAACAGACCAAGAAGAUGUUCUUGCCAAGGAACUAGAAGAUGUGAACAAAUGGGGCCUUCAGGUUUUCAGAGUAGCAGAGUUGUCUGGAAACAGACCUUUGACAGUCAUCAUGCACACUAUUUUUCAGGAACGGGACUUACUGAAAACAUUUAAGAUUCCAGUAGACACUUUAAUAACUUACUUGAUGACCCUGGAAGACCAUUACCAUGCAGAUGUGGCAUAUCACAAUAACAUACAUGCUGCAGAUGUUGUUCAGUCAACCCAUGUCCUGCUGUCAACCCCGGCAUUAGAGGCAGUGUUCACUGAUUUGGAGAUACUUGCAGCAAUUUUUGCCAGUGCAAUACAUGAUGUAGAUCAUCCUGGGGUUUCAAACCAGUUUCUUAUCAACACAAAUUCUGAACUCGCCUUGAUGUACAAUGACUCAUCAGUACUUGAGAAUCAUCACUUAGCUGUGGGCUUCAAGCUGCUGCAGGAAGAAAAUUGUGACAUUUUCCAGAAUUUGACCAAAAAACAGAGGCAAUCAUUGAGGAAAAUGGUCAUUGACAUUGUACUUGCAACAGACAUGUCUAAGCAUAUGAACCUAUUAGCUGAUUUAAAAACUAUGGUUGAAACCAAAAAAGUGACCAGUUCUGGUGUCCUACUUCUUGAUAACUAUUCAGACAGGAUUCAGGUUCUUCAGAAUAUGGUGCACUGUGCAGAUCUAAGCAAUCCAACCAAGCCACUCCAUCUCUACCGCCAAUGGACAGACCGAAUAAUGGAGGAAUUUUUCCGUCAGGGAGAUCGGGAAAGAGAGAGAGGAAUGGAGAUAAGUCCCAUGUGUGAUAAGCACAAUGCAUCUGUAGAAAAAUCACAGGUGGGUUUUAUAGACUACAUUGUUCAUCCUCUGUGGGAGACAUGGGCAGAUCUUGUUCACCCGGACGCCCAGGAUAUCUUAGAUACACUGGAGGACAAUCGAGAAUGGUACCAGAGCACAAUCCCUCAAAGUCCCUCUCCUGCACCUGAUGACCAGGAGGAGGGUAGGCAGGGCCAAACCGAAAAAUUCCAGUUUGAACUAACACUGGAAGAAGAUGGUGAGUCAGACACCGAAAAGGACAGUGGAAGUCAAGUAGAAGAAGACACCAGCUGCAGUGACUCCAAGACACUUUGCACCCAAGAUUCAGAAUCCACCGAAAUCCCUCUUGAUGAGCAAGUAGGGGAAGAAGUAGUGGAAGAGGAGAACCAGACAGAACCUUGUGUGGUAGAAGACCAUUCUCCUGACACGUAACAAUGAAGACGCAGUCUCUUUCUCUUUUGCCCUCUCCUUUUCUUUUCCUCUUUCUCUCUGUCUUUUUUUUUUGUUUCGUUUUGGUUUUGGUUUUGUUAGGUAAUGGUUUCCAAAGUGUAUGUCGGAUGCUACAACCAUGGUCACAACUCACUGUCAUCUGCCAGGACGUUUGUUGAUCAAAACUGACCUUGAUGACUCAGUUUGGCACUCAGGAAUAUUGUAACCAGAAUUUUCACCUCCAUGGCAUCAGAAAGCAGAGGGGAGAACAUCCAUGAACUACACUUUAAUAAGGUCUCCAUUUGGCAGAUUUGAAUAAAUAAAGCAGAUGUUUUCAGAGCAGUACCACCUGCCAACCGAAUGCUGGUAUGCUUUGGUAGGUUUUGAAUUCAUUUUAUUUCACAAGUAAAGCAUUGGAUAAUGUUCAUCAUGAGAGGAAACAGACAGAAAAUAAACUGAGGUUCCUACUGGAAAACAAAUGCACAUAAGUGAUGGGACACAACACGAUUCUGUUACCAAUAGGAAGAUGAGCUGUGGAAAUUACAUAAUUUUCUUAUUUCAAGUCUUCCUGAUACGUGACUGAAAAUAGUGCGACCCAGUGGGUUGCACCAACCUCUGCAUUUUGUAUAAUAUGUAAGAGAGAGAUCUUUUGUAGAGCUUACUUUUAUUAUUAAAUGUACUGAGGUAUU